AUGGUCGGCCACAUCACAUUCGACGCGUUUCUCACCCGCCUCGGCGCCGCGGCCACGACUCGUGCCCAAGAGCGACGACUCACCGCGUCGACAAAGACGGUCAAUGACGCGGUAAAAUACUCGCUUUUCACGGACGCGGUCCCCACCAAGAACGACUGGGACAAUGAAAACCUCAGGCAGCUGAACCACACGAUCCACGCUGUAGUCAACAGCCCGCUCGACUGGGAAGCGGUCGAGCGUGUCGUGCAAAUCGACAUAUUUUCUGAAGACAUGAUCGAGUCUUUGGACAACCGGGGCGUCACGUCUGACUUCCCGCAGCUUCUCAAGUACGCCUUCGAAUGGCAAUUUAAUCGUCUGCCGGAGGAGGGGGUGUUCCCGGCGACGCUGGAGGAGUGGUUGGAGGUUUGGCGGAACAGGAAGGUGAGGAGGAUCGACGAGGAUGCGGAUGACGAGGAUUUGGAGGAGGCGUUCCGCCCGCUUGUGGAGCGAUGGCUCGAGUGUGAGCCCGCCGACUUUGACGAGCACGACCAUCCCGACAACAUCACCCACGAUGUGCCCGCCGAAGUCGUCGCUGCCAGGCAAGAGGAGAUAUCAGCCACCAAGAAGAAGGGCUCCGGACGCGGAAAAACGCCUCGAGGCAGCAAGACGUCCGGUGACGUGUCACGAAGCACCAAGACGUCCGGAAAGGCGAAGGCGGGGGACAGCGCGGUGCAACGGCACCGAAGACUGUGCCCGGCGAGGGAACGGUGCGAGCGAUGCGUCCGGCGGGGCGUGAAGGAAUGUGUGCUCGGCACCGGAAGGAAGACGUGCGACGAGUGCAAGAGGCUGAAGCAGAAGUGCACAUUCGGGGGUGCCGACGCGUCUGGAGCGAGCGGUGACGCUGCUGGGCACAAGUCCCAGAGCAUUGAGCCGGCGGGCAACCCCGGCGAGGACGCGUCUCAGCACGGCCCCGACAAAGCUGAGUCGUCGCGCAGCGGCGGGCGGUCUGCAGGAAAACGUCGGGCGGACACCGACGAGGAGCCGAUGAACCCGGCCAAACGCAGGAAGCCCGACGAAGAAGAGCUCGCGCGCAUGUGGGAGCACAUGCAGGCGUUGGAGGGGCGCGUCGUGGAGCUGGAGGCGAUAGUUGCCAGGAAGGACGCUGCGGAUGCUGCCCAGGCAUCCAUCAGCGGGCCCGCUGCGGGCGCUGCCCCGCUGCCCGCCAGCGCAGACCGUGCUGGCCCCGCCCCGCCGUCCGCCAUCGAGGGCGGUGUCGAGCCUGCCCCGGCGCCCGCCAACGGGAACGGUACCGGCAUGACCCCGCCGACCACCAGCGAGGAUGGAGCAGAGCCCGCUCCGCCGCCUGCCGACGGGAACGGUGCUAGGUCUGCCCCGCCGCCCUCCGGCGAGAAUGGUGCCGGGAGUUCCCCGUCAUCCGCAAACGAGGACGGUACGGGGGCUGGCCCGGCCGCGGCUGACAAGCUUGCACCGACGGACUCUACGUACGAGCGGCUCGCAGGACCCGAUCCUGGUAUUACGGUCACCGCCUUGGGCAGCGAGCUGCACAGAAUCCGGCGGCUUACCGGCGGCUUUACGCGGCGGGCCUUACUCCCAAUACGAACCACUCUUCACGGACGGGGUACCCACCAAAACACCUGGGACGACGAGACGCUCCGGAUAACCAACGUCACGAUACGUGCGGCGGUCGACAGCCCGCUCGACUGGGAAGCGGUCGAGCACAUUCUGCAGGCCGACAUUUUCGGUGUGUUCCCGGCGACGCUGGAAGAGUGGCUGGACGUUUGGCGGAACAGAGGUGUGAGGAAAAUUGCUGAAGACGCAGAUGAAACGGAACUAGAGGCAGCGUUCCGCCCGCUUGUGGACCGUUGGCUCGCGAAUGACCGCUUCCUUGAGCCUCAAUCACACGGUGCCCAAGAGGUCGUUGCCGCGAGAAUGAAGGAGAAGGAACAAGAGGAGAAACCCGCUCCCAAAAAGCGCUCCGGGCGCGGCAGCGCGUCACAAACGAGCAAGACCCCCGGGAAUGCUGAGGCGGGAAGUACGCGCGGGGCCACGGCUCCGAAGGAUGUGCCCGGCCAGGCGACGGGUGCCGACGCGUCUGGAGCGAGCGGUGACGCUGCUGGGCACAAGUCCCAGAGCAUGGAGCCGGCGGGAAACCCCGGCGAGGACGCGUCUCAGCACGGCCCCGACAAAGCUGAGUCGUCGCGCAGCGGCGGGCGGUCUGCAGGAAAACGUCGAGCGGACACCGACGAGGAGCCGAUGAACCCGGCCAAACGCAGGAAGCCCGACGAAGAAGAGCUCGCGCGCAUGUGGGAGCACAUGCAGGCGUUGGAGGGGCGCGUCGUGGAGCUGGAGGCGAUACGCAGACCGUGCUGGCCCCGCCCGCCGUCCGCCAUCGAGGGCGAUGUUGAGCCUGCCCCGCCGCCCGCCAACGGCAACAGUUCUGGCUCUGUCCCGCCGCCGACCAGCGGGCAAAGUGUCGAGCCUGUCCCGCCGCCCGCCAUUGGGAACACUGUUGGGCCCGCCCCGUUGUUCGCCACCGAAGGUGGUGCGGGGGGUGGUCCGCCGUCCACUACUGAAGGCGGUGGGGAGCCCAUUCCGCCACCCGCCGACAGAGAAGUUGGGCCUGCCCCGCCAUCCGCUAGCAUGGAUGGUAAUGGGUGUACCCCAGCCUCGUCUCCGAAGGUCUGA